UGGGGAUAGAUAUGAUAUCCUUGGCCAUUUCAACUUUUGCGCCGCCAUGGAACAGUUGUGGAGAGACUACCAUGCGUGGGCGACGCCCGUAGGAGACAGCAUCUUGUCUUUCAUGGAUCCUUCCGGCGGGUACAAGUUGUCUGCGACUGCGUCGUGGCCGCUUGCCGACUUUAGCACGGCGUUGGCGGUCGCGGUCGCGUACUUGGCGUUCGUGCUUGUGGGGACCGUGGUGAUGAAGGCGGGAGUGCCAGCGAUCAACAUCACGGCGUUGCAGUUCAUCUACAACCCUCUUCAGAUCCUGAUUUGCUCUUACAUGUGCGUGGAAGCCGGGGCCCAAGCGUAUCGCAACAAUUACACGUUCAUGCCAUGCAACCCGUACAACCAAACGAACCCGGUCAUGGGCAAUGUGCUGUGGCUGUUCUACGCGUCCAAGUCGCUCGACUUUAUGGCCACGGUGUUUAUCAUUUUGGGCAAGAAGUGGAAGCAGUUGUCGCUCCUGCAUGUGUACCACCACUUCACCGUGUGGGUCGUGUACUGGCUGGUUUUCCGCGUCAUGUACGAUGGCGAGAUCUACAUGACGAUCCUACUCAACGGCGCCAUCCACACCAUCAUGUACAUGUACUACUUUGUGAGCGCGCACACCAAGACGAUUUGGUGGAAGCAGUACCUGACGGUGCUCCAGCUCGCGCAGUUCCUCACCAUGAACGUUCAAGGGUUCCUCGUCCUGUACAAGUCGUGCCCGACGGUACCGUUGAACGUGUCCAUCGCGUACAUGGCGUAUGUGCAGUCGCUGUUCUGGCUGUUCGUGUACUUCUUCAUCACGUCGUACUGUGUCCAAGCGCGCAACAAGCGACCCGCGUCACUCCCAGACGUUUCCAAAAAGCAAGCUUAACCGGCCAAAGAAAGUUGCUUGUCCUACCUCAGGGUCUUACUUCCCGAUGUAUUGUACCCACACACCCUUUCGUGGCCAUUGGAAUAGAUUAUAUACGUAACGUUAACGUUACAGUAAAUAGCCAAUAUUAGCAUCCAAUACAAUAUUAACACUGCCUUUUGUCCUUGAA